AUGGAACUUGUUUCUUCCGUUGGAAUAACACAAGAUGCUCAUCCAGACGCUCAGAUUACUGUGACAAGCAGCCGCCACCCCGCUGCCGCUGAAGCUAUUACCCCAAAGCGAACGGUAGUGGUAGUCUUUGGCUCUGGCCAGGAGGGCAUUCUUCAAAUUGUUGCUGAAAUUCUCGGCAAGGCAUGGACCACUGUUACAGGGCUGUCAAAGAUAGUAUCCGGUAGUGAUGCCGUGGUUGUGGGCAUUCUGAAUCGUGAUUUCGACAAGACAUUAUCAGAAAACAAUGAUCUUUCGAAACUGUUGCUUGUCAACACGCAUUGCAUCGACGACAGCACUUUCCCUGACGAAAGGCUCUCUGUAGCUUGCAACUACGAGUUUUUAUACUCCCACACGCCCAUUUUCCGGCGUGAUCUUACGCGGUUCUUGUCGCUCAUUCUCGGACAACGCCAUCCCCACGAAGAUCUGGCUACCAAACGGCGAACGAAUUUCAUAUCCACCACAUUCCCUGAUGUGCGUUCCGCCUUACCGAAUUUGGAUAUUUUGUCUGUGGGCUCGGAUGCAGUUGAGCUUCGCGUCGAUUUGCUGGAGGAACCGUUGUUUGAUGGUAACCGCAACUCGAUCCCCAGUCUCAAGUACGUCGGACAGCAAGUCAUGCUGCUACGACAACAUACCGAGUUACCUAUUAUUUUCACUACUCGUUGUGUGAACGAAAAUGGGAAGUUUCCCAUGGAUGACCCGAAACUAUUUCAUAGAUACCUACGUCGCGCCAUACAAUGGGGCAUUGAAUACAUAGACGUUGAGCUAUGGCUCCCGGAAGAUAUUCGCAAAGACAUUUCUGAUAAUCGAGGCAAUAGUAUUAUCAUGUCAGCCUUCCAUGACUUUUCUGGGACAUGGAAAUGGACAUCCCCCGAAGCACAGAAGGUAUUCAAAGAAGGAGCCCGUUAUGCGGACAUUGUGAAGAUGAUUGCAAUGGUCAACACAGUCGAAGAAAACUACGAAUUAGAGUAUUUCCGUUCGACUAUCAAGGCCAAUUAUUCCUAUCCUCUACUUUCCGCCGUCAACAUGGGACCACAGGGGCAGUUAUCGCGGGCUCUGAACACAGUCUUCUCACCAAUCACGCAUCCUCUCCUCCCAAUAAUUGCUGCCCCCGGUCAACUGACUGCGGCUGAAAUCAACGGCGCUCUCCACAUUAUGGGCCAAUUGCCAAAACGUGAUAUGUAUGCUAUCGGGUCUUUUCGGUCUACGUCUCAGUCGAUGUUUAUGGAAAAAUGCUUCAACGAACUCGGCCUACCGCAUAGCUUCAGCUGCAUUGACCGCGGCCCUCGGGGCUCAAUUGAAUCGGUGAUCAUGCAACCAAGCUUUGGUGGCGCCUAUGUCAACCCACCUCUCUCCAGUUCCGCCUCUUACAUACCUACCAAGAGCGAUGCCGCUCGCUCUAUUGGCUUGAUUGACACUAUUACCGUCAAUGGGUCAGACGGACAGCACAAAUUCAUUGGCGAGAAUGCAACAUGGAAGGGGAUCCGAGCCACGUUAACCAGGGACUACAUACCUUCAGCCUACCGAGGUAGAGCCGUGAUAAUCGUAUCCAGUUCCGAGAGCGACGCCGCGGCCGCCAUUUUCGCGCUCCGAAGUCUCGAUGUAGGCACUAUUUACACCGUCGGCUUCAAAGCUCUGGGACCACUAGCCGCGGGUCUGGAGCCGUUUACAUCCAUUCAAUCCGUCAAAUUGGUCGAGCAGCCAUUCGUCAUUGUGUCGGCGUUACCACCUGAGAAGUCAUUACUAGUGCAGCCUUUGUUGCGCCACUAUCGAAGCAAUGGCCAUGCCUCACCACCGUCUACGCGCGGGAAGGUUUUCCUGGACUUAACUAGCGGGCCUCGUAAGGGGGAUCCAUUGACUGUAGCUGCUAGUGCUGGAUGGACGGCUUAUGGUAUCGAUGAUGUUAAUGUGUGGACGACGGUUGAGACGAUGCGGUUAUUGGUUGGACAGAAUGUUCCCUUUGAUUUUGUUCGUAUGGCAUCGGGUCAUGGGCUGUAUUGA